UUAUAUGAAAGACUAAGGCGGUAUGAUCUAUAGCCUUUAGCCUGUCCUCAUUGGGCUAAUUAAGAAAAAAAAAUUUAAAAAUAUUUAUUUUCUUAGGAAUUGUCGGAUUUUUUAAUUCUAAAAUCUAAAAUCAAUUUAAUUCAUUACACAUGUGUGUUGGAUCCUAAUAAACAUCUUUAUUCUCUAGUAGAAUAUACAACAUUGUCGGUAAGUGGUUACUGAAUGACAUAAGUUAAUGGCGGCGGCAGCGGGUAUGAAGGUGGCAGCGGGCGUUCGGGCUGCAGGCGGAGGGCGCAUGCUGGCGUGGAGGCUUCACAGCUACGGAGGCCUGGGCGAGCUGCGACUGGAUAAUGCGCGCGUGCCUCCGCUGCGCGGCACGGACGAGGUGUUGGUGGAGGUGCACGCGGCCGGGCUCAACCCCCUCGAUGUCGGCAUGGCUGGAGGAUACGGAUCGCGAGUGCUGAACAUGCUGCGGCAGCUGGAGGGCUCGGAGAUGGAAUUCCCUCUGGUGCUGGGGCGCGACUUGUGCGGGACGGUGGUGCGGGGCGGGCCCGCGGCACGACUGAGGCCCGGCACGCGCGUGUGGGCCGCACUACCGCCGCACCGGCCCGGUGCGCUGGCGCAGUUCGUGGUGCUGCGGGACUCAUGGGCGGGCGAGGCGCCGCGCGCACUGGACGCCACGAGCGCGGGCGGCGCACUGUACGCGGCUCUGACGGCGUGCAGCGCGCUGCGGGCGGGCGGGAUGCUAAACACGCCGCGGUCGCGAGGCGCUCGCGUGCUGCUGCUGGGGCUGGGCGGCGUGGGCCAGGCCGCGCUGCAGCUGUUGGCGGCCGGCGGGGCGCAGGUGGUGGCGGGCUGCGCGGCCGAGCAGGCGGAGCUGGCCCGGCGCCUGGGCGCGGCGGAGGCGCUGGACCGGCACGCGGCCGACUACGAGCGCGCGCUGGAGGAGGGCGGGCCCUACGCGCUCGUGCUGGACUGCAGCGGCGCGGGCGGCUGGGCGGCCAGCGAGCGGCGCUGGCGGCUGGCGCGCUACGUCACGCUCAGCUCGCCGCUGCUGCGGGAGACGGACGCGCGCGGCCUGCUGGCGGGCGGAGCGCGCGCUUUGGCCGACCUCGCCGCGCAGAAUCUGGCACUGCGCCGCGCUCAACCCGCAGAGGGCGUGACCGCUUCGUGCGAGCCUCACGUGCGGUGGGCGUAUUUCUCCGAACAGCACGCGCAGGAUGACAUCGCGCUGCUGAAGUCUCUCGCGGACCGUGGCCAGUUCACGGUGUGCGUGGAACAAGUGUUCCCGUGGUGGGACGCGACGGCCGCCCUGGAGCGCAUGGCGAGAGGACACGCGCGUGGGAAGGUGGUGCUCGACUUCACCGCGGAAGCGCCCCCGUCUGACGGAGCCAGAAGCUUCUAGCACCCGCUGAAUAUAUGUUCGUUAUGAGAACCGGGAAUGUGGCAGUUGAAGCCAGCUCAUCGAUGGUGACCACCGCGGUAUGGAGUACUUAGCUGAUUAGUUGAUGAAUUAUUGUAAAAAGUUUUGAGCUGAUUGCCGGUGACUCCGUCCUCUACUGAGGUGUGAUAUGUAUGUUCAGGAGGUUACGGACCAUCUCAUAAGAAAGACAGGAUUGUUGACGAAAUACGCGCUUUAUAACCACAGAGUUUUGUAUAUAUUAGUAAUAGAGAUAUAACUGAUAAAAUGGGAAACGCAGCAGUACCGCCAUCUGUUAGCGUGUUUUGAUAAUUAUUUAACGCUAUAGCUAUACAUACCUACUAUAUAGUUUAAAUAUAUUACCUACAUAACUAUGGUUUGUAAAUACAACAAAACAACAAAAUAAUUUUAAAGUUAUUUUUCCUGUUAUAACAUUUGUAAUAUUUUUUCGCACAUUCACCUCAUUCACAUCAUUGUCACACUUCCUAUUGUUAUUUCACACAUUCAUACAAAUACAAAUAUCAUUUUUUUUUAUGAAAAUAAGGGACGAGACGAGCGGGACGUUCAAGCUGAUGGUAAUUGAUACGCCCUGCCCAUAACAAUGCAGUGCCGCUCAGGAUUCUUGAAAAACCCCAAAAAUUCUGAGCGGCACUACAAUUGCGCCAUCGUCAUCUUGAGACAUAAGAUGUUAAGUCUCAUUUGCCCAGUAAUUUCACUAGCUACGGCGCCCUUCAGACCGAAGCACAGUAAUGCUUACACAUUACUGCUUCACGGCAGAAAUAGGCGCCGUUGUGGUACCCAUAAUCUAGCCGGCAUCCUGUGCAAAGGAGCCUAUAGUAUAUAUGGUACACCUCCACAUAUCACAUAGUUACAAACAAUAACAUAAUAAUCAUUGUGUAGUGAUUAUAUUAUGUAUGAUUGAAUAAACGAACUGAACAGAUAUUGGGAAAACAAAUAGUGUUAGGUCACACUAUGGUUCGAAAACUUUAUGCGCGACCGUCCCAUGGGGUUAAAGACGGUGGCGGGGACGGUGUACUAAAAGCUGCCGUAACCCGUGGACGGUCGCGCUGAAAUGUUGACACUAACAUUUUGAUGGCCGUGUUAAGCGAUUUACAUUACCAACCUACCCAUCUAGCCGGCUCCUUUGCACAGGAUGCCGGCUAGAUGGGUAGGUACCACAACGGCGCCUAUUUCUGCCGUGAAGCAGUAGCAAUAUGUAAGCAUUACAGUGUUUCGGUCAAAUAUAUAUGGAUAACGGAGCUAAAAAGAGUUGCAUUUCUGUGUUUCUUACUGAAGGGCGCCGUAGCUAGUGAAAUUACUGGGCAAAUGAGACUUAACAUCUUAUAUCUCAAGGUGACUAGCGCAGCUGUAGUGCCGCUCUGAAUUAUUGGGGUUUUUCAAGAAUCCUGACCGGCACUGUAAUGGGCAGGGCGUAUCAAUUACCUUAUUAGUCCUUAGUCCCUUAUUUUCUUUAAAAAAAAACAUUAAUUAAUGCUGUCGCGGUCCGUGCAGACCCGUACUCGGUAAACAGGGGGAGCAGGAGGAGCAGCUUCCAGGAGGAGGAUCAUGCCAGCGAUCACUUUACACCAGUAUCUUCGUGACAGGUUGUGAUCCGAUUAUCGACUUGUGUCAGUGUGAGCCACCGUGAACUGUUAAACUAUAAUUAUGUAAAUAUGUGUGAUUGAUGGAAUAUAUUUUAUAAAGUUA